AUGGAUACAAGUGAAGGAGAUAAUUUAAAAUAUAUGCAUGCACUCUUUGAUUCGUAUGCAUAUGUGAAUACCGCAACUUAUAACAAGUAUGUUCAUCUUUAUCAACAUGAUCCCAGUUAUAUUAAUUAUGCUGCUGAGCUAACUAAAUUAAGCAUCAGAUUUUGGAAGCAGAGGUGUAUUAGUAUAUCGAAAAAAUCACAAAAGACCUAGAAAUGGUGGCAAAAGAACACUGCCCUUCUUUUUUUUAACCUGUUGUAGAGCAAGAUCCACGCGAAGCCCGUCAUACUCGCGCUGUCAUUCACCAUACAUUAGAAAAGUUAGAAGCAAUUGCAGCAAAAGUUACCCCUACCAAUGACAAAGACUACACAAAAGAGACUGAGCGCUACACACGGUGCUUAACAGGAAUGGUCCGCUUGCUUCCCGCUGAAGAGCAAGACCCUUUUAAAUAAAAUGGCCUUCAUCAACGCUGGCAAAAAGUACACGCCAAGAUUCAAGAGGCCGAGCUUUAGUAUCUUUUAGCACCAUUUGCUAACUCUUUUUAUUGUAAAAAAAGACUAUUGA